AAAAAAAUUAAUAAUAUAUUUAUAAAAAAAAAUUUAAAGUCUUAUAACAUAUUUCAUUAUGUCAUAUAGUAAAAAUAAAUCAAUUAAUAAUGCACUUAAGAGAUCAUAUGCAUUAAUGGAUUCAAAUGUUCGUAAUAGUGCACACAAAAGUCAUGAAUUUAGAAAACAAACAAUUCUUAAUGAUGAAUCACUUACGGAAAAUGAAAAAUCUGAAGCAAUAAAAAUACUAACUAAAACUUAUGAUCAUAACAAAUUUAUUUCAAAUAAAGGAACAAGAAGAAUUUGUGAAAAUUGUAACCAAGAAUGUUUAGCUACAACAUAUUGUGAAUAUUGUGUUCGAAAUUAUUUAAUAGUAAAAUUUUCAAAUUGGACAUCUGGAAAUAAUGAUAUUGAUAAUUUAAUACAAGAAUGUCAAAUGAAAACAGUUGCUCCAGAUUUAAUACCAGAAUGGAUUCCAUAUAAUAGUCUUAAAAAUAUUAAAUAUCUAACAAAAGGUGGAUUUUCAGAAAUUUAUACAGCAACAUGGAUUAAUGGAAGAUAUGAUGAAUGGGAUUCUAUAAAACAACAAUUAAAAAGAUUUGAAAAACAAAAAGUUGUACUUAAAAAAUUAGAAAAUGUUGAAAAUGCAAGUCAAAGUUGGUUUGAAGAGGCUAAAUCACAUUUAAAAAUAAGCAAUAAAUGGAGUAAUAUUGUCCAAUGUUUUGGAUUAACACAAGAUCCAUCAAAUGGAAAUUAUAUGCUUGUAAUGAAUAAAUGUAAUAUGGAUUUAAGAAAAUAUUUACAACAAAAUCAUAAUCAACUUACAUGGAAGGAAAGAAUUCAAAUUAUUACUAGUAUAACUAUUGCACUUAGAAGGAUUCAUUAUGAAAAUGCAAUUCAUAGAGAUUUGCAUUCCGGAAAUAUAUUAUUUAAAACAAAAUUUUCUAUUAGUGAUCUUGGAUUUUGUGGACCAGCAGAUAAACCAUUAAAAAGUAUAUAUGGAAACCUUCCUUAUAUAGCACCUGAGGUUAUUAUUGGAAAAGAACAAUCUUUUAAAUCUGAUGUUUAUAGUAUUGCAAUGCUUAUGUGGGAAGUUUCGUCAGGAGAACCACCAUUUAAUAAUUACGAACAUGAUUAUGAUCUUGCAAUGAAUAUUGUUAAUGGUAUAAGACCAAAAAUUGUACCAGGAACUCCUUUAGAAUAUAAAAAUUUAAUGAAACAAUGUUGGGAUGCUGAUCCAUCAAAAAGACCUGAUAUUCGUACACUUCGGGAUAAAAUAAUGGAAAUUAAUUUAUUUUAUCAAAGAACAAAUGAAUCAUUAACUCAACCAGAAGAAAAUAAUAAUUUUGAAAUGAAAAAUUGUACUAGCAGUAGCAAACUAUUUACAAGUAGACUUCAUCAAUUUGACAAUCUUCAUGAACCAAGAAAUGCGACAGAAGAAGAACAAGAAGCAUUUCAUAGUAAUAAAUCAUAUGAUUUUUAUAUUCCAAAUAAUAUUGAUGAUUUUAAUAAAUCAAAUAGUAAGAAAAAUAGUACUUCAAAAAUGAGUACCAUAUUUAAAGUUGGCAGUAAAAAGUUAUCCAAUAUAUUUAAAAGAAGUUCAAAAAAUGGCAAGUAAAGUGAUUAAGAGUAUGUCAAUUUUAUUAUAA